CGCUUACUGACAUAUGUCUUUUUAGUUGUGGUUACAAUUGCACAGCAGUCCAGUUUGCAUCUUGCCUGCCUAGCAUGCUCUCUGCUUGCACCCCACGUGAUAAUUGCAGCAGGAUCGAAUCAUUGUGACAGAGUUUCAUUGUCGCCCAGUUGCAUUAGAAUGAAAAUGGUCGCUUCGCGAUUGUGUCUUGGCCGGAAGCCACGCACCUGCGAUUUAAUGGCCAGCCUGGCUGAUUUCUUGUUGGAUGUUGUUCAUCGGCCGUACUUGUCUCCCUCCUUCCCCGUCUAGUUUUGUCUCAAGGUACUCGGGCUGAAGCUAUUUUGGUCCAUGUAAUUUCGCUCAGGAUUAUCAGGGGUCGAUUGGACGGUUGGUGGCACCGCCUCCGUUGCAACUGCUUGCGGAUUAGCGCGAGGGCCAGAGGCGCUUCCGCUGAGCACGGAGAGUCUUGACAAGGCUCAGACGGAGGUAGCCAGAGGUGGUUUGCUGAUCCCACUCCGCGCUGCCGCGAUGGCUCCUGCGCCGCGAGCCGGUUCUUCGCGCUCGGAGGCGUUGUGGAACAUGCUGUGCUUCACUGUUGGGGCGGGUAUGCUGGCGUUGCCCCAUGCGUUGUUGUUCGCGGGGAGCUGGUUCUGGAUACCUCUCCUGGGUGCGGGGGCCCUCAGCUUCUACAUGGCUAGGUUGCUGCACCGAGUGCAGCUCCACUUCUGGCGGUUGGGCAAGGAGGUCCGCACUUACGAGUCAUUAUGCGAGGCUUGUGGUAUGUCGAGGGACAAGUCUUGGUUGUGGUGGUGCACUGGGUGGAUGCUGGCCGUCAACCAGACGGGCAUCGCUCUGCUCUAUGUGCUCACGAUUUGCAAGAAUCUGGACCUGUUGCUCUUGCGCGAGGGCUCCACCGGCCAGGCGGAGGCUCCGAGCUGGCAGUGGUAUCCGUUGGUGGGCCUGUGCGCGGCCUUCCUUAUUUCCCUGGGCCCCGACCUGGCGCACGUCAGCGGGUCCUCGCUGGUCGGUUUUCUGUCAGUGCUCUUGGUGGGCGUGCUGAUCGUGGUUGCUCCAGCUCCAGGCGGGCCGUCGCAAGGCGGGCGCGUCCAGCAUCCUGAGUUCCGGACCUCGCAUUGCUUGACUGGAAUCUCCACGUCCAUUCUGGCGUACGGGGGCCAUCCGGUAUUCCCCAGCGUGCAAGGCAACAUGCUCGAUCCAUCGGGCUUCUCUGGCGUGCUCGAGACAGGUUUCCUGCUGAUGGUGGCGGGCUUUUGGACGGUAGUCGCGACGAGCUGGCGGGUGCGUGGCUACCUCGUGGAGGCGUACAUACUGGACAGCCUCGAUGCAUCAUUGCUACGCACGGCAGCCGUAUGUGGACUGACUCUGCAUUUCGUAGCGGCGUUGCCAGUGGUGCUCCUUCCAGCGGCCAAAUUUAUCGAGGACUCGACGCUCGCUGGCGCACACUCAAGGUCGUUGCGAGUUGCGCUGGUCUGCGCCGUCGUCUACGCGGCAUACCAGUUCCCAUCCUUCGAGGACAUCGUAUCUUUGCUGGGGUCUCUGACCUCCAAUUUCCUAGUGUUCAUGCUGCCUCUCGUCCUGCACCAUUUGACAUUCCCUUCCACAAGCUACUCCCGCACUGCUCUACACGCUCUCAUUUUCCUGCUGUCGCUCGCAGUCCUGGCUGUUGGUUCGUCGGCGGCGAUUAGUAACCUUGCCUCGGGCUGACCCUCAGAUGGCCCCGAAAGAAUUAGAAAUUGUCAUGCAAGCCAUGCCGACGAGUCGCCAGGGGCAAGUCAUCCCAAACAAGGAAUAUGUUGCCUUCUCCCUCGUCUGUCUGCUUAAUCGGGGCCCUUACGAGUGGUUUGAUAGGUAGCAGUUGGCGCUAGCGGUGGCCCCCCGUCGACUUGAGUGUGUUUGCGACUUGCUCUCUCUCUUGUUCCCCUUCAACACUGUUCGCGCGUUCCAGAGGGGCCCCCCAUCGGACUUGACGUUUGCGAGACAUCAAAG